AUGAACCCCAAACUUCCCUACGUUCUCCUGGUUGCGGCUGCGGUGAUAAUCUUCAUUCUCUCCUGCAUGCUGCUGAGCAGGGGGAGGCAGUCACCCAGCUGUGAAUCCCAGCCCCGCAUCGUGGAGAAGACGGGGUCCACGAGCCAGAGCCUGGUCUUUGCCGAUCUGACACCCGAAGAGAUGGUGCAAGUGGUGCGGUACCUGCAGGGAAACCUCGGGGUGCGGCUGGUUGACGCCUCGCGGGCAAAGCCCUCGGACAACUGCAUCGCCUCCGUCGACGUGCAGGUCCCCGCCAAGGCAGAGGUGCUGCGGUUCCUGGAUGGUGGGGGGGCUCGCCCCGCCCGGGAGGCGCUGGCUGUGCUGUACUUUGGGGACCAGCCAGACCCCAACGUCACCGAGUACGUGGUGGGUCCGCUGCCGACGCCGGUGUAUCACCGGGACGUGACAGUGCAGAAGUACGGGGGGAAGGUGCCGUUCCACCGCAGACCGAUGCUGAGCAGUGAGUACGGGCUGGUGGAAACCUUUUUAGAGACAGUGGCGUUUGCUGCAGCUCCAACCUUCCUGAAAGAAGUGUUUGAAUACGAUGGCACCAACGUGGCGUUUCAGACCUCAGCCCCUCAUGGGUUCCAGUCUGGAGACCGUAAGUCCUGGUUCACUGUGUUUCAGAACGUGAGUGGGUUC